GAUUGGCGCAGACAACAUGACGCGCUUGCUGCGGCCCCUAGUGCUACUUGGCCUGAUCCCCGCUGCCUCGUGUACCUCCUCCUCCUCGGUUCAGAUCCGCGGCGUUGCCCCUUCGGACGAGGCCACGUACCUUUCCGCCGAGUUUUCGUGCGUUGUGAACGGCAAGGUCACGAAUCUUCCAAUCAGUCGAGUGAACGACGAGUUCUGCGACUGCGACGACGGCCGGGACGAGCCUGGCACCGCUGCCUGCUCGCACCUAAUAAGCGCCCAGUUCCACUGCGAGAACGACGGGUUUUUCCCGGGGAAAAUCCAUACUUCGCGGAUCCAUGACGGCAUUUGCGACUGCUGCGAUGGAUCGGACGAGGAAAUAAACGGCAAGUCCUCUUGUCCGAACACGUGUGCAGUGGCAGCCAAUAAGCACCGGAAGGAGGCGGAGCAGCGACUUGUAGUGGUAAAAGCUGGUUUUGAUAAGCGUCAGGCAACGAUUACUAGGGAAAUUGCCGAGUAUUUUAAUGGGGCUCAAGAAGCAGAGACGGCCACACAGAAGGAGCUGGCGGGGCUGAAGCUGCUGAAGGACAGGGUGACGGUGCACAAGGACCGCGAGGAGUUAAAAGAGAAGAAGUAUCGGAUGGAAGCUGCGAGGCAGAAACAGGCGGAAGGACACGAGAAUGGAGAAACAAGCAAGCAGCAGUUUUCAGAUGCAAAGGAGAAAGAGGCUGUUGAAGCGCUGGAGUUUGAGGGACUUGACUCUGUUCGAGUGGCUGACGAUGAUGUGCCCGUGAACUCGGAGGAAGAUGAACGCGCGUCGGAGGUUUUAAACUCCAGAAGAGAGACUGUCAAGAGCCUCAUUGAGUUGCCGGACGGCACGCGAGUUCCUCUAGCGGAUUAUCUACGCAUGAACCACAACAAACAAGCACCUACCAAGAAGAGGGCUCCUCGUACUGCGGAAGAAAUGCGGCGAGAAGAUUUCCUGGGCCCACUGUUCAAUGGCGAUGCUGAAGGUCGAAAGAGGAUUGGACUGUAUGCACUGCGAACGAUCGGUAUCGUUAUCUCUCCUGUCCGCGUGCUAAUUGAGCUGAUAUUAUUCUCUCCAAGGACAUUGUGGAGUGUGCUGUCGACCCCCGAGAUUGCCGGGUCCGUCAUCGAUAAACUGCCAGAUUUCGCAUACCCAUCGCGCUCAAUCUGGUUCCGCCAAUUAGGUGGAGGCAGUGUCUAUGAUGGAUACAGCUCGGUGAUGUGGGGCGCACGGGUUGUGUGGGAUGCACCGGUGUAUGCUUACCACUAUUUAUUCCCGAAGUUAGAUGACGAGUUGAAAUUACCUGUGGCUGAGUCACUGCGGAAGGUUCUGCGCGAAAUUGACGCUGGUAUCGCCAAGUUGGAGAAAGAGCAAAACGACAAGCGCGAAGCUGCAAAAAUGGACUACGGUCCAGACCGCGCGUACUUUGCGUUGAACGAUAAAUGCAUUGAAAAGCGGAUUGAGGUAUGUAAUGCAGGUUUGGAGCUUUGAUGCACUUAUUUAAUGCUGUAUUCGGUGCGCAGAAAUACCUGUACAAGUUCUGUGCUUUUCAAGAAAUCAAGCAGGACCAUACAAAACUGGGCAAGUGGGAUGGCUGGGCACUUGACAAUGAUAAGGUGGAUCACACGAAGAUGCGGUACUCAAAGGGCCAGAGGUGCUACAAGGGCCCUGAGAGAUCCGUGUUGGCGCACCUCGAAUGUGGAGAAGAAGACGAACUUCUGAGCGUGGAUGAGCCAUCUACUUGUGUGUACGAGAUGGCCGUUCGCUCGCCUCUAGCCUGCACUACAGAAAUCCUAACCAAGGCUGAAGAAGAUGUUGCAUUUUGGACGCGGGCUCAUUAGAUCAUGCAGACUGGGAAAUGUUAAUCACAAAAUGAGCAUGGAUACUCUUCGCUACUAUCUAUUGCUAUCUAAGACAGCCUCACGGACUCAAUGACUCCUAGAACGUGUUUCGGUUAGGAAGGAAAUCAUAACGUCCUUGUCGCUAUUGGUCAGAGCUAGCAAUUCACUGUCGU